CAAUCCUACUGUCGACUCUUGUCUCUGUCCCUGGAACGCAUCAAUAGUUAUUGCUUCCUUACCCCCUAUAGCCCUUCUGUUAUGAUGAUGCGAUUCACUCGAGUCAUCAUAUCUCCCCCCCACCACCCUGCCCCUUGUCUUUUUUCUUCCGGUCAAGAAAAAAAGGACAAAAAGGAAAGAAAAGAAAAUAUCCCUGCCCAUGCAAUAUUCCCUGCCCUGUUUCUCUUCACUUUCACUUCUGUCAUUCCUUUGACAUACCCAAUUUUAUUAUUGUUGGCUGUUUCUAUGGUGAGAAACCAAUGAAGCAGUCAAUUUUCCCCCCCUUCCAGUUGUUCCGGUU